AUGGCUCGCCGAGGUCUCAAAAUAUGCUGCUUCACCUCGGCGGUUUUCUUGGCGAUUCUCACCAUCAUCAUCGUGACCUUAUCGCUCACGAUCUUCAAGCCCAAACAGCCUCAGAUUACAGCCCACCCCAUCGGCCUCAAGAACAUCCGGUUCAACGUCACCACUACCAACGUCACGCUAGACGUCACAUUAAGCAUGCUCGUGACAAUUGACAACCCUAACUACGGCGGCUUCGAGUACAAGAGCACGACCGGAUAUGUGAACUACCACGGGUCGACGGUGGCUGAAGUCCCCAUCGAGCACAACAAGAUUCCUGCUCGGGCAAAAGUCAACAUAACCACUUCAACGGAUCUGAUCGCUGAUAAAUUGGUAUUAAAUCCGAGUUUAUGGGAAGACGUCGCCUCAGGCUGCUUGAACUUCACUUCUACGGCGACUUUGCAUGGGAAAGUCAGUAUGGCUAAGAUCUUUAAUUUCCACGCCACUGCUUAUAGCACCUGCUACAUCUUAUUUCACAUUCAGUCUCAAACUGUGGACUCUAAAUGCAAAUCCAGGAUAAAGCUAUAG